CAGCAGUGUCAUCAGCGUUGGAUUCACACUGGGACACAGAGGACAGACAGGGAGGGUUGUGUCCGCUUCAGAGGAAGGAUUUGCUGUCGUUGUGGCCGACAUACAAGGCGUAAAUACACUGUAAUUGCUGGAGCCUUUUUGGAAUAUCAGCAGCUCAGAGGAUUUUUGCUGGACUGGAAUAGGAUCAAAUCUCCCAAACCACCAAUCCUCCCUCAUGAGGAAAGAUGGGGAAUGGAUUGUCUGAACAACCUAGCUUCGUCUCAAACGUCUCAUUCUUCCAGUCGUUUCACAUCGCCAUCCUUGGCCUGGACUCUGCAGGCAAGACCACCGUUCUGUACAGACUGCAGUUCAAUGAGUUUGUGAACACGGUGCCCACCAAAGGUUUUAAUGCGGAGAAGGUGAGAGUGUCUCUGGGCGGCCACAGGUCUGUAACGUUCCACUUCUGGGAUGUAGGUGGCCAGGAGAAGCUACGCCCCCUGUGGAAGUCGUACACGCGAUGCACGGACGGCAUCAUAUUCGUGGUGGACUCUGUAGAUGCGGAGCGCAUGGAGGAGGCCAAAACGGAGCUCCAUAAAAUCGCCAAGACCUCUGAAAACCAGGGGGUGCCCCUGCUGGUGGUAGCCAACAAACAGGACUUGAGACACUCUUUGGGACUUGCUGAAAUUGAGAAAUUACUGGCUCUGAAAGAACUGGGCCCUGCAACUCCCUGGCACCUGCAGCCAACCUGCGCGAUCAUAGGCGAUGGACUAAGGGAGGGCUUGGAUAGACUCUAUGACAUGAUCCUUAAAAGGAGAAAGGUGCAGCGGCAGCAGAGGAAAAAGAGAUAGACUGGUUCUGAAAGACAAACAUGUGACUCGACUGCUCUUAUAUGUGAAGGAUAUUGUCCUGGGUGGAUCGAGGCAUCUGCUGCAGGUCCAGAUUCAAAGUGCUGAGUUUUAUCAGUGAAGAAAAGAUUUAUGACUGCCGGUCUUGGUCUUGUGAUGAUGCGGUUGGUCAGGAAGUGACACUUAAAGGAAUACAGUAUGAAGAUGAGAAAGUUUCAGACAUGUGUGGAUAUGAUAUACAAGGUUUAUAUGGAUUUAAACGCACUAAGGGUUCGGGGUCUGGAAGGGCGAUAGAAUUAAAGGAUGCUGUAUGUUUCAGAAAUGGCUGUUCUAAACAAUAUCACCAAAAAUACUUUGGGAAAAGGCUUUGACAAGUUGAAGGUUUUUUUUUGUAAAUAUUGAAAAGUGUUUUAUUUCACCGUUUAAUAUGUAAUUAUUAUAUCUUAUUAUUCUUACACUGGACUUUCUUUGUGAAAGAAAAGUAUUAUCGUGCAUUAUUGCAUUAUUAUCGACUUGCUUGCUGUCUUAUAUCAUUUUUUAUAAGCACUUUAGAUUUCUACUUCAUAUGAAGUUUACAGUUUUUAAAUACAGCAUAUUGUGUUAAAACAAAAAAAAUACAGAUGCUACUGUAGUUGGUCCAAUUUGACCACAUUGUCAUUAGACAAGUUGUGCAUUAUGUUUUGCUUAAUAAAGCAUUUAGAGCAAUG